AUGAACUUUCUACGAUCAUUCCCAAAUCAAUUUGCUUCAAGACUGUCCAGCCAGCAAAGACAAAUCCGCAAGAUGCAUAUCCAGACCAUUCCUAUGUGGACGGGAACGAGCAAUAAUUAUGCUUACCUUGUCACUGAUGAGCCUACAAAGCAGUCCGUUAUCAUUGAUCCGGCACAUCCUGAGGAAGUGACUCCAGUCUUGAAAUCCGAAGAGGCAGCUGGGAAGGUCAAGGUGACUUCAAUUGUUAAUACCCACCACCAUUGGGACCAUGCCGGCGGCAAUGAUGGAGUUCUCAAAAGUUUCCCUCACCUCAAAGUCAUCGGCGGUGCAAAUUGCCAAUCAGUCACAAAAACGCCAGCCCACGGCGAAACAUGGAAGAUUGGUGAGCGCAUCAACGUGACAGCGCUGCAUACUCCAUGCCAUACUCAGGAUAGUAUAUGCUAUUUCUUGGAAGAUGGCAACGAGCGGGCCGUUUUCACUGGUGAUACUUUGUUUACUGGAGGAUGCGGACGAUUCUUCGAAGGUGAUGCUGCGCAGAUGAACAAGGCUCUUAAUGAGACGCUUGCAUCUUUGCCGGAUGAUACCAAAGUCUACAGCGGCCAUGAAUAUACAAAGUCCAACGUCAAGUUCCUUCUUUCUAUAUCAAACUCUGAUGCCAUCAAGAAGCUUCAGGCUUUCGCAGAGAGGAAUAAGCAGACGCAGGGCAUUCUUACCAUUGGGGAUGAGAAGGCUUACAAUGUCUUUAUGAGACUCAGCGAUCCUGAUGUUCUGAGGGCAACAGGCAAGAAAGACCCUAUAGAGGUCAUGGCUACUCUGAGAGAGCUCAAGAAUGCCAUGUAA